AACAGCCGAAUUCUAAUCUCUGCUUUUGAGUCAUUGAGAGUAGUUUUGAGUCAUUGGCGUUUGUACUCACGCGCCGCGGGUGUUUCUGGUCUGACAGUCGCAGGCCAACGGGGGGUAAACAUGGGUAUAAAGUAAAUAAACCAUAUUUCUACUCUUUCGUGCUCCCCAAAAUUGACUGUGUAAUUCUAUAGCUUUUCUGUUAAUGUACUAAAUAUUUGUUGGAUACAUCAGUCAAUGCUUCUUAUUUUGCUAGAUCAUAAUAGUUCCCAUCCUACUGUAAUUUCUAAUCUGUCUGGCUAUGAUGGCUAUAAUGAUGGCCAAGUUAGAUACGCGAUGGUGAUACUACAUGGUUGACCUAUAUUUCCAAUAAUGAAAUUCCGGUUCCCUUUAGCGCUGAUGUAUUGAAUUUUCAAACUUCAGACAGAUGUAAUAAGAUAACGAUUGUCUUUCAUUAGUUUUGAUCGUAUUUUGUUAAUGAUAUUCUAUGCCAUGCCAAUGAGAGUGUACUUUUUGUUUUAUAUCAAAUAGAUCAGCCUCGAGGUAGGACCUGACUGUUCGGUGCCACUCAAAGGGUUCCAGCAGGACGCAAACGACUUCUGCGAUCUGUUUAAGUCUCAUCAGGGCUCAAGAUCGGCAUUCCUGGCUACCUGGAAAAGAUGCUCCAAGCGGGGUAAUGAUGCAUCUUCUAAAGAUGGACAAACGUCUUCCUCAGGAUCCGCGGAUGGACCGAGCUCCUCAGCGGCCAAAUCUACCCCACCAGAUACCUCGAUAGAGUUAGAGAGAGAUGCUAUCAAGCGGCAUCUUGUGGGCGACCACUUGAUCCCUGUGGAUAAGAUGAUCGAGCCAAUGUGGAAGCGGCUAUGCCGACACGCUGACCCCGGCCAUGUGGACAAACUUGUCACAGCAUUCAAGAAUUGCCGGGAUGGGCCAUACACCAUCCUGGCUGUCCACAUAGUCGGGGUGGCGCCGGCGGAUUUUAACAAAAGGAACUUGCAGGGCUACACCUACGAGGUGAUAGGUGGCAACCACACCCGCCUCGCGCUGCAGAAGCUGCUCGCCGAAGACCCCAGUGCAGACGCGUACCGGAAUGUCAGGGCCAGGGUCUACUGUGACCUUUCCGACAGCCUUGCGAAGAGGGUAGGAAUGGAUCACAACAACAUCCAUUUUGCCCUCGAAUCUACCUCUGCAGAUCGUUUGUUCACUUUCAGGGCCGCUGCAUAUGCAGAGGCAGGGUACACAAACGAGGCUGACCUCACCACUGUUGACUUGACGCCCUCACAAAAAAAGCAGAUAGAGGAUCCGUGGAAGGAUGGCUUGGUUACGAUGCUGGCGGUUGUCCCCACAGUGAAAGCGUCAAGGAGGAGAAGGCUGACAAACCUGUACGGCUUGGAAACUCGCCUUGCCACAGCGUCGUGCAGGGUGUGGAACAAACUGUGCGAGUUUGUAGAGAAGUGGCAGCAGGGGGGCAUCCUCAAACAGCCCAAGGGGAGCAGGAUCCUGAGAACCUGUAACCUCAAGUUCCUUGACGGGAAGGACGAGGAAAAGAAAAUGGAACUACUCCAGAAACUCCUCAACGGGGAUCUGGAGUAUGGCUUCGACAAUGAGUCACAAGACAAAGGCAAGAAGAAGAAACAAAAGAGAGCCAUGGAGAUGUCACGUGACAGCGCCGUAGCAGGUGCUGGUGUACCUGCACCUGUACCCGGAACCAGCAGUCCCGAGCGUGCGCCGGAAGGUGAAGAAGAUAAGGUGAGUCCCAGCAGCGCUGACACUAGUGACGGAAAAGAUGCCGUCAUUGAUAAACAGGCAGCAGAACUCCAGACCCUGCGGGCUAAGCUGGCGUCUUUGAAGGAGAGUUACAAGAAGAAGGAGAUGGAACUCAGGGCUGCACAUGACCAGCUGGAAGAGGCGAGGGCAGACACCAAAAAUCUCCAGCUGGAGAUCAAACAAAGCAGGGAGGAGCAGAAAAAAAUGCUGCUGGAGUUGGAAGGGCUCCGGGAGAACACUGGCGACGGAGCAAGGCCCAGUGCUAGUGGUAUGCUGAAAACAACAAAUGGGAAAGGCAACAAACGUAACAUAAGCGGAGACAGCCAGGACAACCAGAACAACUACGAGGUGGAUGAGAUGAUCGCCUUCAAAGGGACGACAGAAGACAAGGACCCUGUUCCCUGGUUCGGUCGUGUCGUCGUUUCCAAGCCGCUGAAGGUGAGGUGGUACGAUAAGAAAACAGAUGACGACACGUACCAGGAAGAGGUUGACAGCGACGGGGUACCGCUCAAAGAUGAGUUUAUUUCUGCGAAGGAUGUCGUCUGCACUGUAAACUUUAAUGACGACAUGACCCUCGCACAGGAGGAGCACCUCCGGGUGUUUGGCAUGCCCCAGUUUUCUGCUAACUAGUGUGUUUUCAUUAUUUUUCAUCAUCAAUGUGUUUUGACAGGUGUUAGGGGUAUACUCGCUUUUGUUUUUUUAGUUAUAGCACGCCAUAUAUAGUUGUUUUUUUCAAUCUGCAAGUUCUAUCAAGUGUUUGUACUAUGCUAUGCCUACUGUUCUAUGCCUUCUAGCAUAAUUAUUUGCCAUGUAUUUAUCUUGUAAAUGACCGAAGUACAUAAAUCAUUCUAAGUAUAAUCGGCUUACCACACAGUGUUUCAGGGCUACAAUGAGUUAGUUAGUCUUUAAAAGUAGACUAUGUCAUCUCUUUAGAUGUUUUACUUUUCAAUGCUAUGACCGUGUAUUUCACGAAUAUGACAAAGUACAUGGGUCUGUUGAUCAGUAAGUGGAAAGAUAGCUUCUUUGGUUGUUGGGAACA